GCGUGGGUUUGGUCUUAUUUUUUGUAAACAAGUUCCUAGCUGCCAGGCGAAAACCUUCUCACGUUGUAACCGUUCUCGCCGACCAGGACGUCAAGAAAACAAAGGCGACCUAAGCAUGUCCUCGUCUACGUCAGACGCCGGGGGCUUUGUGGUCAUUUCAAAAAUAAAUCCAAACAGUAAUACACAAGAUGCACAAGCUCAAGCUGGUAACCCAUCAACCACAACACCAAAGCCAGUCGUCAAGUUUUUAAAAGGAGAACCUGAAGCUCUUGGGGUGACCUCCAUAUUUACCGGAAUCCUUCACAUUGCCAUCGGCAUCGCCUUUGCUAUCGGCUGUCUGAACUUUUGCAACUACUUUCAGUCUUUUAUUGUCACUUCCGGCGUACCCUUUUGGACUGGAAUAAUGUAUAUCAUUUCUGGAUCACUAUCAGUCGCUGCUGCAAAUAAACCUACACCGGGGAAGGUGAUAUCAAGUUUGGUUCUGCACAUAAUCACUACAUUUGUAAGCGCUGUCGGGAUCAUAAUGUAUUCAAUCUUCAUCGCUUCUGUGAAAACUUUUAGUAUAUACAGUAGGGGUUUAUACUGUGCAUUUCAUGAAACAUCUGGUACGUGCGAGGGGUCCUUCAAUCCAAUGGUGGUAUUGGCAGGUAUGGUUUCCUUGCUUCUAAUAUUUACCGUACUGAACUUCUGUAUCAUGAUUUCCACAUUUGUGUUUGGAUGCAAAACCGUGUGCCGAACGUCUUUUAGUGAAACGACCGUGAUUAUAUAUCAAACAACAAACGUGAACACCGGGGACCCCCAACAAGAAAUGUCACGCCGCCCCCCCCAAUCAAAGAUGACAACGGACGGCUUCCUUUUCUGUAAACAACUUCAUGAUUUCAGAAAGACAAUAGAGAAGAUAACUCAUUAUAAAGCAUUCAGCAGAUCACAGAGGAAACCGAAUAACGGGUUAUUGAAAGACUGGUGGAAAAGAAAAGAAAAAAGGGGGAAAAAAAGGUGGGAAAGGAUGUCCUCGAGCAAGUGUGACGACAGUGCUUCUGUGGUUAUUUCUCACUUAAAUCCACCAAGUACCCCUUCCGAUGGAGCCAGUGCCGCAGGGGGUGGUAAAGCACCAGUCACUAGGGUUGAUCCUCUCAAAGUGUUCUACAAAGGAGAACCUGAGGCUCUUGGGGUCGUUCAGAUAUUUAUCGGGAUCUAUCAUUUCUUAACCGGGAUUAUUAUUAGUAUGGUUGAACCUAGGAGCUCGUAUCAUGUCCUGAUUCACACCGGUUUACCUUUUUGGGCUGGAAUUAUGUACAUUAUUUCUGGAUCACUCUCGGUAGCUGCAUCAAACAAAGCAAAACUUGGAAUGCUGAGAUCCAGCCUUGUGAUGAACACAAUCAGCGCAGCAGCUGCCGCCGUAUCAAUUAUUAUAUUGGUCAUCAGUUUCUUAAUUAUUUUCUCUUUUGGUAGCUUUCAUUACAAGCGAUACUAUUGCUCGUAUUACGGUGAAAGUCAGAAAUGCGAAGGACAGUUUGAGUCAGAGAUUGUAAAGAAAGGAUUGGUGCUGCUACUUGUAAUCUUUACAUUAUUGGAGCUCUGCAUCUCCAUAUCAGUAUCAGUCUUCGGAUGUAAAGCCGUAUGCCGAUCAUCUUUCAGCGAGAUGACCGUAAUAGUUUAUCAAAAUACCUCCUUGACCGCAGCCGACCCCUCCAAGGCUACGGCCGUCGCAUCAUCUUCCGAGGUAUUGAAGACACAAUGAAGGAACCUCCAAAUAACUGCGGCCUGUAAAGAUCUAAACGUUCUCUUCGCUCCGAAGAAACUGAAUACUACAUAGCAGUUGAUUACAAAGAACUUUCCGCUUCCCUUUUUUCUUGGAAAUGUGAGAAAAAUUAACAUGAUCUGUUUUUAUUUUGAAUCAACAAAUAGAAAUAUUGGAUAUAUUAUGUAAAACCUAAACUGAUAAACAUAGACAAUUUGGUAAAAGUUUUAAAAAAGAACAUUACUGUCAUAUUAACCAGAACACAAAAUUAUUGUUAAUGGACUAAUCCAUAAUGGCUUUGAAAUAAAACAUUUAAUCACAA